AUGCGUAUUCUUCAUACAGCACACCCCGGAAUGGUACGCAUGAAAGCGUUGGCAAGAUCUUACGUAUGGUGGCUCAAUAUCGACAAAGAAAUUGAAGAAUUGGUAAAGACUUGUGAGGUUUGCCAACAAAAUCGAAACGCCUCAGAACGAGCACCGCUACAUCCAUGGGAAUGGUCCAGAGCACCAUGGUCUCGAAUCCAUGUCGAUUUCGCCAGACCAGUACAUGGAAAGUAUUUCAUCGUUAUAGUAGACUCAUAUUCAAAAUGGCUGGAAGUCCGUGCCAUAAAUGGGCCGUCUACAAAAGAAACGAUUAAGGUAUAA